AAGUCUAUUUAAUAAUCAAACACAAGGAAGGCCCGGCAGCUAUGGCGGCAGAUCGAGUGUAUAUAAGAAGUCGAACACGCUCCCUGAUUCAGGAGCUGAUAACCAGUGUCGAUACCGGCGCUGGAACUGUCGCUUGUUCACACUACCUUUGUAUAUUAUAUGAUGCACCUUUAAUGCGGUAAGUCAAAAACUGUAAGUAGAUAAAUUACUUACCGCCACCAAAGUCGUUUGAAGUGAGAUUGUGUUAUCAGGGGAUAUUGAUUGACUACAACUGAGUCUGUUGGUUAUAAGGCACAGAGGGAAAAACAUAACAUCACAAACACCAUCUGACAACCAAAACAAAGAUCGCUAAUUCAUUGGAGGUUGUAGGGGAUCUAGUAAAGAAGUGUGAAAAGGAUGUGAAAUCGUCAUUAUUUGAGUGACUAAAUGCAACACCGGCAGUUCUUUAGAACAGGUUUUUAGAGUGUUAGAAAACACAAGUGAAGACGAUGCAGGAGUCGGACGUCGAUAGGUACAUCAGAGAAAGCAGCAAGAGUUACAAAAACUGUCGUAUCAAGAACUCAGCGAGGAGAAAUUCUCUGCAGAAAAGGACAUUAGGGAUAGAGUCUGAGAAACGUCUGGCCCAGUCAGAGCUUAGUCGGGAGGAGAAACAACUCCGAGAACACCUCAAACACAUGCAGAUUGACAAAAUGAAGAACUAUCUGGUUAAGAAAAUCAGAGAUAACUCAGCCGAACAAGAGGAAGAAGACGACGAUUCAUUGGUGGAUCAUCAAGACGUCACAGAGCCAUAUGACCCAGACACAUACCGACUAACUCCGCUAUUAUAUAGUCCUAAACAAAAUAGAAAGAAAUCCAGCAUUGAAGAACAAGGGCGCCAUUAUGCACAGAGAAGAGGAAGGCGUGUAUCGAAAGAAUUUGAAGAUCUGAAUAUGGACACGAAAACCGGAUCCUUGAAGCAGCCAUUCAAUAUAGCUAAGAGACUUCUAUCCUCACAGUCGCGCGUGCAAUCUAGUAGCUUAAAUAAAAUUUCGACACCGAGGUUACAGAGAAGUUCUACAAGUCUCAGUUCCGCGAGAAACCGGAAAACGUCGAGUGAUCAUAGUGAUGGUUCGUCAUCGUCCGCCAUAUCGUCAUUGGAGGAUUUACAUUGGAUCGGAGAUCCGGAAGCUACUCGGUCAGUGCGGCGAAAUCGGAAGACUAGCGAAGAACAGCAUUUAGACUUUGAAUUGAAAAGAUUAGCAAAGGCUAAAAGACCGGUUACAAGGAAAACCUCUAAAUGAUUCACAUUAAUCUGUACAUGUUAUACGUACAUGUAUGUGGCGUAGUCAAGUGGAGGGAGGGGGCGUGGUUAAACUCACAGAAAAUCAUCUACAACACAUGUAUCUCAAGCAAAUCCUUCCUUACCUUCGGUAAUAAACAUUAAACUUCCAUGAUCCAUAUUUCAAUUUUCAUGGCAUUGAAUUAAAGUUUUGAAAAUAGUU